GAUGAAAAGAGACUCAUGGGUUUCCACCAGAACCUAAAGGAUGUGACAGAGGACCAGCUGAGCCUGGCAUCCAUCCACUACAUGCGCUCACAUUACCAGGAGGCCAUAGACGUCUAUAAACGCCUUCUCCUGCAGAACAGAGAUUACCUGGCACUGAAAGUGUACGUGGCUCUGUGUUACUACAAGCUGGACUACUAUGACGUGUCCCAGGAGGUGUUGGCCGUGUACCUGCAGAACAUCCCUGACUCCACCACCGCUUUGAACCUGAAGGCCUGCAACCACUACAGGCUUUACAACGGCAAGGCAGCUGAGGCUGAGUUGAAGAACUUAAUUGACAUCUCUUCCUGCUCCUUUGAGUUUGCAAAGGAGCUUAUUCGACACAACCUGGUGGUAUUUCGUGGUGGGGAGGGGGCGUUGCAAGUGCUGCCUCCUCUGAUCGAUGUGAUCCCUGAAGCCAGACUCAACCUGGUCAUUUACUAUCUGAGACAGGAUGAUAUCCAGGAAGCUUACAACCUCAUCCAAGAUUUAGUUCCGUCCACACCUCAGAGUAAUGUACCUGUUAAAUGUAUAUCAGUGGUUGACUGACUGUUUUUACAGGAGUAUAUUUUGAAGGGAGUGGUCAACGCUGCUCUUGGACAGGAGCUUGGAUCAAGGAAACACUUGAAAAGUGCUCGGGAGUUCUUUCAGCUGGUCGGAGGCUCAGCGAGCGAAUGUGAUACUAUCCCUGGCAGACAGUGCAUGGCUUCCUGCUUCUUCCUCUUAAAGCAGUUUGAAGAUGUUCUCAUCUACCUCAACUCUGUGAAGAAUUACUUCUACAACGAUGACACAUUCAACUUUAACUACGCCCAGGCUAAAGCGGCGCUCGGUAACUACAAAGCAGCAGAGGAGGUUUUUCUACUUAUUCAGAGUGAGAAGAUCAAGAAUGACUAUGUUUAUCUCAGCUGGCUGGCACGAUGCUACAUAAUGAACCAGAAGGGUCAGCUUGCCUGGGAGCUCUAUCUGAAAAUGGGCACUUCCUCAGAUUCCUUCAGUCUGCUGCAGCUUAUCGCCAACGACUGCUACAAGAUGGGCCAGUUCUUCUAUGCUGCCAAAGCAUUUGAUGCACUGGAGAAGCUGGACCCAGGCUCUAAUUACUGGGAGGGCAAACGAGGAGCAUGUGUCGGCAUCUUUCAGCUCAUACUGGCCAACAAGGAGCCCAAGGAGACACUUAAAGAGGUUUUGGUCCUGCUGCGAAAUUCAGGAAACCCUCAGGUUGAGUACAUCAUCCGAGCAAUGAAAAAGUGGGCCAAAGACAACAGAGUCCUGCUGUCGUGACAGAACACACGACUGUGUCAGCUGACAGGACUGAACGAGUGACACAAAUAAAACGGGUUCAUUUAUUUGGUGUAACGGAGUGAAUUUUAUUCAAGCAU